AUGGACUACCGUAGGAAAAAUGUCGCUCUUUUCGCCAUUUGUAUCAUCACCAUUCUGGUGCAAGCGGUUACUUGUGUGAAGUAUUCCAGAUUCCGGCUUGCCGAAGUUCAGCGAAAGUCGGCCAACGACGUACCAUGUACCUGUGCCAUCUACCUAACUGGACAGUUCAAUCGUUUCAACCGUACGGAACAACCGAAGGGUAACCCGGGAAUUCAGCUGGAGCUGAUGCAACACUUUCCCUGCACGACAUCCGGCAACAAACAGUGCGCGAACAAAUGUUUGGACUCGAUUGUGAAACAUUUGCCCAACUCGCAGAACGUCAUAUGUGCCACCAUCGAUCGUGAUUGUUUCCGCGAGCGUGCCUAUUUGUUUUACCAAAACUGUGCUCCCCGAUGGGUGAACAGUAAUCUGUCGGCUGGGAAAGAAUAUUGCUGCCAGAAUGACAAACCCAUGCGUUGCAAUUUGAUGGCGGAGCUAAUACGACAAUCUUUGCGGGAAAACAACACUACUACCACCAGUUCCGACGAGCAAAACGAAGCAGACCGGUGAUAUCUUGAGCGGGUCGAUUGAAUAAACACGAUGAAAUCA